GUUCACCAAUGUCGUAAGUACUGUGAAGAUGAAGGUGGUCGGCAGCUUGGAUAUCCUCUAUUUGCUGGCGAUCCUGGUAGCCCAACUUUCUCUCGUCGCGGGAAACUCUUCGGUGGUGGAUGUGACCCACGAAAACCUGCAACAAAUAAUCGAUUCUAAUGAGCUGGUUCUGCUCAGUUUUUACACGGAUUGGUGCCGUUUUAGCCAGAUUUUGCAGCCCAUUUUUGAGGAGGCGGCGGCGAAGGUUCUUCAGAAAUUCCCUGAAAACGGCCGUGUGAUUCUGGGAAGAGUAAACUGCGACACUGAAGAUAUAUUGGCAGAUCACUUUGAGAUACUUAAGUACCCAACGCUAAAGAUCAUCAGAAAUGGGUUGGUUGGCAAGCAGGAAUACCGUGGCCAGAGAUCUGUGGAGGCCUUCUUCCAGUUUGUGGAGAGGGAGCUAUCAGAUCCAAUCAAAGAGUUCCACAGCAUUGAUGAACUCAAAAAUGUGGAAGUUGGCUAUGGUAUAGUUAUUGGUUAUUUCAUCUCCAAGGAUCAUGUUGAGUAUGAUAACUAUCGCAGGGUAGCGAGCCUCAUGCGCAACGAUUGUAGGUUUCUUGUGGGCUUUGGGGACUUGACUAAGGCCCUCCGCCCGCCAGGAAAAAAUGCGUUGAUCUUCCGCGGCGAUCCCUCGAUUCCGAAUCACAAGUACCAGUACAGUGAGUACUUGGGCAACAUGACCAGCUUUAAGGAACUAACCUUUUGGAUCGAUAAGAGGUGUGUGCCUCUGGUGCGAGAGCUCACCUUCGAUAAUGCAGAAGAGCUAUCCGAGGAAGGAUUACCUUUUGUAAUCCUGUUUUACAACAAAGACGAUGUAAGUCCCGUUCAGGAAUUUAAGAACGCAAUUCAAAGCCAGCUGGAAAACGAGAAGAGGGUUAAUUUCCUGACUGCAGAAGGAGAAAUCUUUAAGCACCCACUAUUCCAUUUGGGCAAGUCCCUGAGUGACUUGCCAGUGAUCGCAAUCGAUUCCUUCACGCACAUGUACCUAUUUCCACACUUCAAGGACAUUGGCAAGCCAGGUGCCCUCAAAAAGUUCAUUGAUGACCUGUUCAACGGUACACUGCAUAUCAAUUUCCACAUGGCACUCGAGGCUAAGGAAAAUUCGGAGUCCAUAACCGAUUUCGCUGAAGACCCGCCGAUCGUCCACGAGUCAAAGUUUAAGGACCUCAAGCCAUCCAAGCACCGUUACACUUUGGUCAACCGCACCAGAGACGAGUUAUAAUAUUAUCCCUAUGUAGCUUAAUCCUUAAACAUGGUUAGAUGUAAUCACUUGAUCACUCAGUUUCAGGCAGGUUUUUAAAUGACAGACAAAGAUAAAGAUAUGUUCGAGGCACAAAUAGAACUGAUUUGAGGAGUUUUUUUUAAGAUACAAUAUUAGAAAAGUGUUAAUCAGGCUCUGCAUACAUGUGCAAUAAAAGUAAUGCAUUUAUCUUGAAAAAACACAAAGCGACUCCCGACUAUGACGUGAAAUAUUUUCACAAGCCCAUUACCGACUAGGCCAGCAUUGAAUGCCCCAUUUUGGUCGCUGUGACAAAUCGAACACCCAUCAUAUAUGGGCACCUCAUCAGAUAGUCAGGAGAUGACACGUGCCUCGAUAUCGAUAUUUCUAGGAAGACCGCAGCGAUCCAGAACAGGAAAGUCGAUUUCAUUUGAAUAUGCCUUGCCGACUGCUCUGCAUCAGACCAUAUAAACACUAAUAAACUCAUUAGUCAAGCAUCUCACAAGCAAAUAUCACAGGUGCAAAAUACCAAUACAAGAACAGUACAGUGAAGUUAGUACAGUGAAGUGGAAACAUCACAAUUUUGUAUAUUUUUCAAACCUAUAAUAUUAACGAAAUGUAUCAUUACGAUUCCGAGAUAGGAAAUCAUAUUGAAACGUAACAAAUAAGCAUAAAUACUGGGCACACUUUU